AUUAUUUUGCCCCCACCUCCUCCUAGUCCUUUAUGAGGCAGAGCAGACAGCACAAAGUCUCCAAAGAUCACGAUUAACUGUCUUACUUCUUUAGACGUCAUUUGGCGCCCGAGAUAACAACCCAUUGGCCGCACUCACCGGUCACCGGACCUCUGCAAAUAAACACAUCGCUUUUCUUCCCUCUCGCGCGUAAAUGUAAUUUACUCAAACCCAAGGGGCAUUUACAAUUAUAGUCCUCCAUUGUUGACUCUCUGCGCUCCCAUGUCCUAAAUUCUCUCUGCCUCACUCGCUUCUUCACAUCUCUGAGACAUUGCUCAGAACCCUAGUUAGUAGCUGGGGUUUAUCUUCUCCUCCCAAUUUCAUUUCCGAUCAGAUUGAUUCAAGCGAGCACGUUCAUAUGAAAUCUACCGCGGUUAGGGCUUUCCUGAUCUGUCUAAUUCUCUGUGCCGGCUCGGGCUUCGUUCAUGGCGAGGAGCCAGCGAAAAAUAAGUUCAGGGAACGUGAGGCCAGUGACGAUUCCCUUGGCUAUCCAAACAUAGAUGAGGAUGCAUUGUUGAAUACGCAGUGCCCUGCGAAAUUGGAGCUAAGAUGGCAAACUGAAGUUAGUUCUAGCAUAUAUGCCACGCCCUUGAUCGCCGAUAUUAAUAGUGAUGGAAAGCUUGAGAUUGUGGUUCCUUCUUUUGUUCACUAUCUUGAAGUUCUAGAAGGUUCUGACGGAGACAAACAUCCUGGUUGGCCUGCUUUCCAUCAGUCAACUGUACAUGCCAGUCCUCUCCUCUAUGAUAUUGACAAGGAUGGUGUGAGAGAAAUAACUUUGGCAACCUACAAUGGUGAAGUUCUAUUUUUCAGGGUCUCAGGCUACAUGAUGGUAGAUAAACUUGUAGUACCCCGUAGGAAAGUUAAAAAGAACUGGUAUGGGGGUUUGCAUCCAGAUCCCGUGGAUCGUACUCAUCCAGAUGUUAAUGAUGAUUCUCUUGUCAUGGAGGCUAUGAAAUCAACUCAUCAAACAGAUGGAAGUACACCUAAAUUAAACAACUCUGCUACUAUUUCAACAGAAAGCCAUCCUGAUUUAAACAGUUCAAGUACUGUUUCAAAAGAAAGCCAUCCUGAUUUAAACAGUUCAAGUACUAUUUCAAAAGAAAGCAACCUUAGCAUGGUGAAUGCAUCAAAUCCAGAGAAUAAAUUGGAAACAAAUUCAAGUCAUGUAGAAACAGUUAUCAAGUUGCCUACAAGCACAGACAAUUCUUCUGUGAAAAAUGUGUCAGAGGAGACUGUUAAUGCAGUGAAUGCAACUAGUUCUGGGAGACGACUUUUGGAAGACAAAAAAUCGAGCGAAUCGCUGGAGGUUGGUUCUGAAUCCAAAAAUAAUAGUGAGGAGGAUGUUCCUAUUGCAACUGUAGAAAAUGAUGGACGUCUGGAAGGAGAUGCCGAUUCAUCUUUUGAUUUAUUCCGUAACAGUGAUGAACUGGCCGAUGAGUAUAGUUAUGACUAUGAUGAUUAUGUUGAUGAAUCAAUGUGGGGAGAUGAGGAGUGGACUGAAGAGCAACAUGAGAGGCUGGAGGAUUAUGUCAAUGUUGAUGCCCACAUUCUCUGCACUCCUGUCAUAGCGGACAUUGAUAAUGAUGGAGUAUCAGAAAUGGUUGUUGCUGUAUCUUACUUCUUUGAUCAUGAGUAUUAUGACAACCCGGAGCGUAUGAAGGAAUUAGGUGACAUUGAUAUUGGAAAGUAUGUAGCUGGUUCAAUUGUUGUAUUCAAUCUUGACACAAAGCAAGUAAAGUGGACUGCUGAACUAGAUCUGAGUACAGAGUCUGGGCAGUUCCAUGCUCAUAUAUAUUCUUCUCCAACUGUUGUGGAUUUGGAUGGUGAUGGGAAUCUGGACAUUCUUGUUGGGACUUCCUUUGGCUUGUUUUAUGUCUUGGAUCAUCAUGGCAAGGUAAGGGAAAAAUUUCCUCUUGAAAUGGCUGAAAUUCAAGGAGCUGUUGUUGCUGCUGAUAUCAAUGAUGAUGGAAAAAUUGAACUAGUGACUACUGAUGCUCAUGGAAAUGUUGCUGCAUGGACUCCACAAGGAGUAGAAAUUUGGGAAACGCAUCUUAAGAGUUUAGUUCCCCAGGGUCCCACUAUUGGUGAUGUUGAUGGGGAUGGCCAUACUGAUGUUGUGGUUCCAACCCUAUCAGGGAACAUAUAUGUUCUCAGUGGCAAAGAUGGGUCAGUUGUUCGUCCAUAUCCAUAUAGAACUCAUGGGAGAGUUAUGAAUCAAGUUCUUCUAGUUGAUUUAAGUAAAAAAGGAGAGAAGAAGAAGGGACUCACCCUUGUUACAACUUCAUUUGAUGGAUACUUAUACAUAAUUGAUGGACCAACAUCAUGCACAGAUGUUGUUGAUAUUGGUGAAACUUCAUAUAGCAUGGUCUUGGCAGACAAUGUUGAUGGUGGAGAUGAUCUCGAUCUUAUUGUUUCAACCAUGAAUGGCAAUGUCUUUUGCUUCUCGACUCCCGCUUCACAUCAUCCCCUCAAGGCAUGGAGAUUACCUAAUCAAGGACGAAAUCAUGUUGCCAAUAGGUACAACCGUGAAGGUGUCUUUGUCUCACAUUCAUCAAGAGCCUUCCGUGAUGAAGAGGGCAAGAACUUCUGGGUGGAGAUUGAGAUUAUAGAUGGCUAUAGAUACCCAUCUGGGUUGCAAGCACCAUAUAAUGUCACGACAACCUUGUUAGUGCCCGGUAACUACCAAGGAGAGAGAAGGAUUGUGGUAAACGAGAUCUUCAAUCGUCCUGGAAAAUACCGUAUAAAGCUUCCAACAGUUGGUGUAAGGACAACGGGGACUGUUAUGGUGGAGAUGGUUGACAAGAAUGGACUCUACUUUACAGAUGAUUUCUCCCUCACAUUCCAUAUGUAUUAUUACAGACUGUUGAAGUGGCUGCUCGUCCUACCGAUGAUGGGAAUGUUCGGCGUGCUUGUAAUCCUUCGUCCUCAGGAAGCUGUGCCUUUGCCAUCAUUUUCGCGGAACACUGACUAAAUAUUGGACCUCUAUCAAUACAAGACACAAGCCAAGCUUCACGGAACAUGAUAUGCAUUAUCACCUGAGCAAUCGCAGAAACCAUGGCCGCACUCAAGUGAAUACUUUUUUAAUGGCCAAGCUCAGAUUGAUCUUGGUUGGCCCAAAAUGUAUGUGGCCCACAACGACUGAGUUUUAACUUGGGCAAUACAUGUCGGAACUUGUAACAUAGUCGAAUAUGAGUUAUGGACAAGAAGUUUUUGACUACCAAACUGAAGUUUUACGUUCAUAAUUGUCCAGAGGAUAAUAUAAUGCAAAGCUAUUGGAUAUUUAUUUA